AUGGAACAACACACCUUUCGUCGUCGCGGCCUUGGGCUCCAGGGCGUCGAUUCAGAAAAGGUGUCUCCGGGAUAUGUCCUGUACUCGCCUCUCACCUCGAACACGGCUCAUUUGAUCUCUCAAUCCGGUGAGGAAGUGCAUCGAUGGACGCUCCCUCAUCGUGCCGGUCGCCAUGCCCGGCUUCUACCCACCGGUACCCUGGCCUACAACGGCGUGCAUCCCGAUGCCCCUGAUCUGUUCCCCAUGUGGGCCAAGUACCGCGGCGGAGCAAUGAUGCAGGUGGCACCCGAUGGAGAGGUCCUGUGCCAGUACCUAGAUCCCCUUGCCCACCAUGACCAGCAUCAUCUUGAUAAUGAUCUGCUCCUAUACACCACGGUGGCUGCCCUGACUGUCGAAGAAGCCGCCCGUGUCGAGGGCGGAAUACCCGACAGCGAGGCACCAGGCGGGAUAAUGUACGGGGAUUGUAUCCGGCUCGUGGCACCAUGGAAGUCAUCCAAUUCAUCCUCCUCGGCCGACUUCGAAGGCACCGGUGGUGGCACCAACGGAGGAGCAGAGCUGCUCUGGUCCUGGCGUGCCAUCGAUCAUCUGGAUCCAAAGCAAUUUGCAUCUCACCCACACUACGCCCGCGAACACUGGCCCUUGAUCAACAGCGUGUCGCUCGAUUCAACAACAGGCGAUGUCAUCGCAUCAUCCCGGAACACAUCGUCUGUAUUCAUCAUCGAUCGACUAACUGGCAACGUCAAUUGGCAUGUGACUGCACCCACUGUAUGUCAGCAACAUUGUGCCCAUCCGAUCAACUCCGCGGGCGACCUGCUUAUCCUGGAUAAUGGUGUCUUUCGACCGGAGAUAUCCGUUCCAUUUUCCCGCGCGAUUAUCGUUUCUCGUCAGUCGAAGCAAGUCAUUUGGGAAUGGAAAGAUUCCACCACCGGUGGGUUGGGGUUCUUCACUCCGUUCAUGGGCUCAGCACAGAAGUUGGCGAAUGGGAAUGUCUUGAUAUGUGAGGCGGCCUCGGGCAGGAUUAUGGAGGUCACCGAGGAGAAGCAACUGGUGUGGGAGUUUGUGGUGCCACAGUUGAACACGUACGAAAAGGUGAUGGACAAGAGGGAGCUGGCGGAAAUGCAACGCAUCGGGUUUAUGUAUGAGAGCAAUGCCAUAUUUCGGGCAUACAAGUACAUUCCUAGCGAGGUUCCUUGGCUCAAGGGUAUAAAAGCCUUGGAUUAA